GCCGAGAUAUGACAGAACACGACGGAAAUUGACAACGAUCGAUAGAUUUAUGGUUUCUUCAGAGAUUAUUUGUGAUGAUGUCAUACAACGGCUCUUUUGGAUGAUAUCAUCAUACACAAGGGCUAUUUUGGAUUGAGUAUGGAGAACAAAGGACUACGGUGGAGAUUCGUGAGAUGACCGAGACAAGACGACGGAAACUGACUACGAUCAAUUAAUGGCUUCGUCGGAGAUUAUUUGUGAUGAUGUCACACAACGGCUCUUUUGGAUGAUGUCAUCAUACAAGGGCUAUUUUUGGAAUUUGGUUGAGUAUGGAGAACAACAAAGGAGGACUACGGUAAAGAUUCGUGAGAUGAUGACUCAGAUAAGACGACUUCGAGAGGUAUCAAAUAAGGAAAAGAGUUACGCGUUACAUCAAUUCAAGAACGAUUUCAGACUAGAUUUACAAAACGAUAUGAAAACUAACCGGACUUUGGAUCCCAUUAGAUUUACAAAACGCUUAUUAGAUUUACAAAAUGAUAUGAAAUCUAACCGGACUUUGGAUCUCUUUUAG